CGCACUCACCAAAUCUCGUACGGCGAGUUACGCGAUGGACGAACGCUCCUCCGCCACCGCCGCCGCCGCUGACGACGACGACGUGUCGCUUACGGACGAGUGUAACGACCGCCGGUGUAACCGUCGUAACCGCCGACACCGUUAAGUGCCACUGGAAUAGCGCGAAAAUAAUUUUAGCAAACGUAACGUUUUUGUGUGUAUGUGCGCGUUCUCAGUUCUCACCGUACGGGAUUAACCGCAUGACUUGUCCCUGUUGACCGACGCACAAAUCCAUUCCAUCAUGUUCGGUGAUUCGCGUUACCCCGUCGCAGCCACCACGUUGGUUUUUCUGGCGGCCGUCGCUUUGGCACCGUUGUUUUUGCACGUCGUCCGAGCCCAGGCCGAGGAUAUACCACACAACGAAGUGAAAAAUUGGGCAUUGAAAUUCGGUGUCGACCUGUGGGAGUUUGGCAGACAAAUAACAAACAUGCACGAAAUACAAAAAAAAUAUCGGGAAAGAGAAGCAAAAGUACGAAGAAAAGAUGGACUUUUACUCAUUCGGGACUUGGCGGCCGAAGUAAAGAACUUGAUGGACAUUAAAACCAACUCUGUUUUAAGAUUAAUGGAAGCAAGUGAACAAUCCGCAUUGUCCCAACAAGACGCAUCGAUUAAAAGCGAUCGAUACGUGAAUGAUGAAUUUGGAGACUACAGAAGUCUCGGAUCUGUAGACCGAUACGAUCAGUGUGCGUUUAAUACUACCGCUAACUGCGUACUAUUGCAAAGCUCCUAUUUAGAUCAGACCACGGUCGAUGAAACCGUACUGCGAGAGAUGGACUGGACCAGCAAUCUCGAUCCAAUAUUUGUCAGCAAUUAUGAAAUGGACCCCGUGCUAUCAUGGCAAUAUUUCGGAAGUACAAAAGGGACCCUGAGACGGUUCCCAACAUUGAGGUGGCCCGCAUACUCGGGACUCUCGCCAGCAGCAUUGUACGAUUUUCGGUUAAACCCUUGGUUUGUAGAGGCAGCAACUAGCUCCAAAGAUAUAGUUAUCAUAGCCGAUUUCUCGAUCGCACUGUCAGAUUACAAACUUAGCCUGGUGAGGGCGACGGCUCUGGCCGCGCUGGAUACCCUGGGAGCCAACGAUUUUGUAAACGUUUUGUCUUUGGAGUCGAUGAAUUACGAAAUAGUGCCGUGUUUCAAAGAAACCAUCGUCCAGGCCAACGAGAAAAAUCUAAGAGACUUGAGGUGGGCCAUAGCGCAAUCAAAGUUUACUGGUAGUUCCAAUUUUACCGGUGCUCUAGCUCGUGCGUUUGACAUACUACACAAAUUUAAUCGCACGGGACAGGGGAGCCAGUGUAAUCAAGCCAUACUGAUUAUUAGUGAUGGACCAUUUGGUCCAUAUAAAGAGAUUUUACAGCACAAUAAACCGCACAUGCCAGUAAGAGUAUUCACUUAUUUAGUAGGCAAAGAUGAUUCGAACGCGCCUGACAUGAAGUGGAUUGCUUGUAACAAUAAAGGUUAUUUCGAACACAUCGAAGAUCAGAAGAAUCUUCGCGAAAAAGUACUAAACCACGUGCUCGUAAUGGCAAGACCUUUGGUCAUGUAUCAAAAUGAACAUCCGGUUUACUGGUCACCCGUUUACGUAGCAAGCAAAGUAGACAACUUGAAGGCUACUGACAGCGUGGACAAUAGACUCAUGACAACUGUGUCUGCUCCCGUCUUUGAUAAGAGAAACUAUUCGGAACGAGUGGCCAAUUUAUUGGGCGUGGUCGGUAUGGACGUUUACAUUUCUGACUUGAAAAAACUCGUACCGGCCUACAAGCUUGGCGCCAAUGGUUACUCUUUUAUAGUGGACAAUAAUGGACACGUCCUUUAUCACCCAGAUUUCCGUCCGACGCCAUCCGACUCGGUCAGACCUCAAUAUAAGACGGUCGACCUGAGUGAGAUAGAGCUGCCGGACGCGGACAUCAACAAUAACACUCUGUUACUUGAAUUGAGACGAGAAAUGAUAGAACAGCGAGAAGGUGAAACCCAGAUGAAAGUAAAAAACCAUUUGGAUAACAUGAGGCGAGUUACCACAAGGAAAUACAAAUAUUUCUACCAUCCUAUCGAAGACACUCCAUUUACUUUAGGCAUUGCUCUACCAGAAGGUUAUGGAAUGUACGAAGUGCUCGGAGAAGAGGAGAUAAAGUUAACUCAGUUCAAUAUUACCGAAUAUUUUAAAGGAAAACAUUGGAAAGUUCACCCGGAUUGGGUGUACUGCGAGUAUAACUAUGCAAAUGACCACACUUUCAAAACUCCCGAAGAUAGAGUUUUACACUUUUUGUCCAGGUCGAAAAAACCCGGUUGGAAAUGGAUGUCUUUGAGAACACGAAUGACGCAAAAGGAUAUGAACACAAAUCAAGCAUACAACACUUGGCGAAAAGAAAAAGAUUCACAUUACUGUGACAAGAAUCUUUUGCAGUCGUUGGUAUUUGAUGCUCUUGUUACCGACAGUCUUGAACAACUAAACAUUCAAAUAUCUAAAGCUGACAAACAAAAAUUUUCAAAUUCGUUAUUAAGAAUGCAAAAUUUAAAAAAUAGCCAAGGCCAUCACAUGUUUGGCGUCACACUUACGUUUAUUGCUACGAGAAGUGGUUUACUAAGGUGGCGAGACCACGGGAUCAACACCAAUAAGGGAUCUGAUCCACAUUUCAGCGAGACUAAUCGCAGGGCCAUCGAUGAAGUGUGGUAUAAACGAGCCAUCGACCAGCACAACGUUGAACCAGAAAGCUUUACGUUUUCCGUGCCGUUUAAUUCGGGCGCGGGACUUGAUCGACCACUGAUCACAGCAACCCAUGCAAUGUUUGUAGAAAACAAAGGUCAUCGAGCAGCGGCUGCUGUUGUUGGAAUACAGUUUCAGCAUUCUUCAAUCGCAUCACAUUUUAUCAACAUAACCUCAGCCUGUACGGGAAUGACAGGAUGCAAAAAGACUUGCGCUUCAGAUGACCUAGAUUGUUAUGUGCUGGACAACAAUGGAUUCAUCAUAAUAUCUGAACAGUCACACCACACUGGUCAAUUCUUUGGGCAAACCGACGGCACAAUCAUGGAUUCGCUAGUCCAAGAUGGCAUUUACAAAAAAAUAACAGUUGUCGACAACCAAGGCGCAUGCCACAACGGAGUCGAACCGGAAAGCGAUUCUGCUACUGGGCUUCGACCUUUCCAACCAGUAGCCUGGAUCGUAAAAUGGCUACUAAGUCGUCUGACGUGGUUGGCCAUCGAGAGUCACAUCUAUCACAUUAUGUUUCCCAACUGGAUUUACGCACAGGGCGAUGAGCCAGCGUAUGCGGACUAUGACGUGGGUCCAAACGAAGAUGUGUUCCCGAACGAAGGAAAACCUGCGGACCAAGAGGAGAAACCUACUGUAAAAAGCGAGACCCAACAGAACGAAGAUUCUGAAAAUGACUAUGAAGAUAAUAUACCUUCGCAUCCGCCUUUGUACGUUCCAAGUAUGAAGAACACCGAACAUUUUAGCCCCAUAUACAACUAUACAAAGCCAGGGGUCACCAGGACAUGCAAGAAGGCAGUCGAUCUUUAUGUUUUACAACCUAAUAGACUUAACAUGAGCGGAUCGUUUAACCCGCUUAAAGGAAAACUGACCAACUGUCAUGCGACUGGAUGUGAACGGCCAUUCAGCGUACAAAAAAUCCCACAUAGCAAUCUUAUUUUGCUAGUAGUAGACACGCUGUGUCCAUGUGGUAGUAAACAACUUAACAUCGACCCGCAAGAAGUCCGGGAAACCGAUGAGUCCGGACAGCCAGUAUAUAAUUGUCAAGAUCAAAACAAGUACAGGAGACGCACUGGGAAGUGCAUUAACUACCAUCCAGAAGAAAUCGAGAUAAAACAAUGCGGUUCCAGCUCUAUAUUAUUAGUUACUUCAUACUUGGUCUUCCUAUGUAUGAUUACUGCUAUAUGGUUAACGUGAUCGUCGUACUAUGGCUGAAUCACGAGUUCAGCGCCACCAUUUUUAACGAUUUAUAUUUUUAUGGAAAAAAUGUAUGUAAUAUAUUCAUAUUUUUAUUUAAAAAAACAAUUAACAAUAAUUUGAUGGUAUAAUAAUUACAUUUUUAAGAUUCUUAACGCCUUCGAUAUUUUUUCUUUGACGCUCACAGAGCAGCCACGUUGCUAUAAUUUUGUAAUGCAUAAGUAACAUAAUUACCGGCUUGCGUGUUGAUACAUUUUUAUGUUACUAUGGGUCUUCCAAUUUAUUAAAUACCAAUACCCAACUACCAAAAUAUUUUUGUAAAUACAAAUUAAUCAAUAAGAAAAUUAAUUGAAUUUAAUGAUAGAUAAACUAGACAAUAACUUUUUAAUAUGUAUUUGCCCUAUGGGUUUUCCGUUAGAAAAACUGUGUAUUAGUGGGUAUUGAUGUUGUGAAUAUAAUUGUUAAAUUACGUUACUAAUUAUGAUAAUAUUGGCAUAUGGAUGUACGAUUAUCAUUUAAAUGGACAUUAUAAAUAAAUCAGUUGUUUUCCGGUUGUUCGGUCUAAAAUGUAAUACUACUAUACUACAUACAUUUUAACUAUAAACUAUCUGUUUAAUGAAAUAUUUUUUACUUGAGUAGCAAGAUUAUAAAGAGUCUGAAAAUAAUAGCUAAGUUUAGUAGUAUAUAGAGCGCAUAUCAUUAUGUAAGGAAUUAAAAUAUUAAAAUUACAUAACUUGUAAUAAAUUAUGUGGAUAUUUGAAAGUUGAAACCACAUUUUUUUGUUUAAUAAUUUUAUAUAAGAUAAUAUUCUUAACUGUUUAAUACUUUAUGAAUAUCAUAUGUCAAUUUAAAUUAAAACCCUUAUACACAAUAUAAAUGAAUGUUUAAAAAAAAAAAAAAAUGUCAAAUUUGUAUCUAUAUGCGCUUUGUAAUCUACGUAAAACAAACUACUAAGAUUAUUGAAAAGACCGAACAUAUUUCUCACAUUAAAUUGUCAGAUAUCGAUAUUAGUUUUAAAAAAAGGAUGUUUGACAAAAAUGUAUUUAUUGAUAAAAUAAUAUUUUAUUGUUAUAUUUUUAUUCUGUCAAAAUAUGUAUUUGCUAAAAGAAAUUCCUCGCUUUAUACUACAUUUUGAAUACAUAUUACUUUUCAACUUUCAAAUUCUAACGAAAAUUUAGUAUGAAAUUACACCAUCGUUUUUUUUUUAAUAAAGAGAUUAAUCUGAAUAUUUAUAAAUAAUAUACAUAUAUACUAUUACCUAAGUACUAGUUCAUUAUAAAAUAUAAUUUUUUGUAUAUAUGCCUAAUGAUUUUGAUAUUCGUAAUAACGUUUUGUUAUAAGUAUAAGUACGGUAUGUGUUUCUACGAGUUCCGCUUAUAACAAAUAUACCCCAACAAAAUUAAAUAGUCCUCUUACAUUAACCGUACAAUAGUACACCACUUUUUUGUUUAACUUAGUAUAUUCAAUGAAACGUUAGGAAAAUUGUUUUUAACUAGUAGUUAAGUAGAAUAAUAUCUAUUAGUUAUAGUUAAUAAUAAUAAAUUAUUGUAUGACCAUAAUAAUUUAAAAAAUGUUAUGUUUACACGGAUAUUUGUUAGUAAUUGUUUUAUCACAGCCUUUAAACAUUGUUUUUUCUUGAAUUCGUUUUAGAUUUCUGCAUAAUAUAAUUUCUCUAUGUUACAUGUUAGAAUGUAAAUACACUUAUUACACUUUAUUAUACUUACCCU